AGACACAUAAAUCUCGCUUAGCAUCUGACAACAUUCACAUCAAAGCCUUCAUUUCUGGGGCAGCUUGAUAUGGAACAUACAAUUGUUGAGUCUCAGAGUUAUGACAUAUGCUUUGACUAUAUUGAAGAGUUGAUCCACAAGCAGGAGCCUUUGACGACGGUCCUGCGCCUUCUAAUCCUAUUUUCCGUUACUAAUUCUGGGUUGCCAAAGAAGCAUUUUGACUACUUAAGGAGAGAACUACUACAUAGCUAUCGAUUUGAGCACAUAACAACCCUAAAUAAUUUAGAGAAAGCUGGGCUCUUUAAAAAGCAGGAGUCAAGGAGCAACCGGUUUACCAUAAAACGUGCUCUGCAGCUUGUGGUUGAAGACACUGAUACAGCCAACUUCAAUGAUAUCUCUUAUGUCUUCUCUGGAUAUGCACCACUUAGCAUUCGUCUGAUCCAGCAUGCCAUUCGAUCUGGAUGGCGUCCUGUUGAAGAAAUUUUGAAGCUGCUACCUGGACCUCACCUGGAAACAAAGAGGGGUGCAUUCUCAAAUAGCCCAUCAUUUGACUCUUUAUCAGGGGUUUCAACUGGCAUAGCCAAAGUACCUGAUGGGAGGCGUGCCCUGGUGCUUGUUGUCUUUGUUGGAGGUGUUACCUUUGCAGAGAUUUCUGCUCUUCGGUUUCUCUGUUCUCAGGAAGGCAUGGCAUAUGAUUUAAUCAUUGCAACGACAAAAAUAGUCAAUGGACAAACCUUGGUUGAGACAUUUAUGGAGAAGCUAGGUUGAUCAA